CUGAAAGAACCCAAGUUUAAAUCCAAGGCCAGUGGAGGACAAUUAUGACUUUGGGUCACGCUGCAGUCAUUACCUAGCAGUGGUUAGGUUCGGGAUGUAAGCCAAGGAGCCGCGACCAUACUACUUGAUGAUUGAUCCAGUAACCCUGCCAGCGUGGAUGCGCAGCGCCGUGAUCGUAGCCGUGCUGGUGGUGGUGGCCCUCGCAGCCCUACUCACCCAGGGGCAGGAGCUCAAGUACCAAGAACGUGAGAUGGUGGCUGAGCUGGCGCAGCAGAUAUACCGCGUGGCGCAGGCUCCGUGGGCGGCCGCCGUGGGGCCUCACAAGCGCAACUCUGAGCUGAUCAACUCCAUCCUGGGGCUGCCCAAGGUGAUGAACGACGCCGGCAGGAGAUAAGCGGUCCACUCUUCCCCACCACACCACCUUCCCCUACAUGACCUUUCUGCCAGGAACAGGACGAGGCCAGCGGGCGCGUAGAGCAUCACCAUCUCCGGGCGACACCAUCACUUCCUGUCAAUUGUUUAGUCAGUCAUAUAAUCAGAGAGUUAGUCAGUCAAUCAGUCAGCGAACGUCGGCCUCUCAUGUACCUUGAGUGGACUCAUUAAAAAGCAUAUAGAAUAGUA